GUUACUUCGGAUGGACAUGAAUUUUAUCGCGGUUACCAUCGCCCGAAGAACUAGGCCGUCGAAGUAACGUAGUUCGUCGCGACGCCGGAACAGUGCAGUCGGCCACAAAAUUUUUCGCGACAGUCAGUGGCGUCCGAUUGGUACGGUCGUCGCGGUGCAGUGUGGUGACGUCGGGGCGCUUAUACGUCAGUGUACCAGGCCACAAGGGCCUAGGGUAAGCCCCGCCCACCACCCUUGGCCACGCCCACAAGGUUGGGACCAACCCCCUGGAAGCCACGCCCAGGGGGCGUGUCCAGGGAAGCCACGCCCACUAUUUCCAAGAGGCCACGCCCCCGUCCAGUUAAAAUUUUGGUGGAGGAGCGUUUUUGAAAUUUUGGCGGAGGAGCCUUCCGAGGACCUUUUUGAGCCUUUUGUGCUGGAAUGGCUGAAGCGGAGGCAAGUGCGAUCGGGUCGACCUAUCCGGGUCCUUCCGGACCCACGCUGGAGGGGGAGAAAUCCUCUUCCGGACCCCUCAAGAGGACCGGGACUAUCAAAAAACGUCUAAGGGCACCCAGUAAUUCGGGCUCGCCCCCCGGCCUCAACAACGAUCUGGCCGCGUGCGAAUGCGGCCACACGUGCAAAACCAGAUCGGGCCUGGCCAGGCAUCGGAAAACCUGUGGCAUCGUUAAUGGUCAGGCCCGCAACCGUUCAAGAUGCCAAUUCUGCGAUGCGGCUUUCGACACCUACAUCGGGGUUCGUCAACACGAACGACGGGCCCACCCGGACGACUAUAGCCGGGAGUUACAGCGGGGACUCGAUAAUCCCAGCCAGGAGUGGGAAAUAUACGAGACUCUGGCGGGUAUCGAGGCCUCCACCAAAAAGGGCAAACCCUUCAUAGCCCGUAUGGUGGAAGCGACUGGUCUCCCCGCUUCCAAGAUCGACUACAUUCGUCGCCGGAAGCCAGUAUACCGCAGUUACCUGGAGGCAGCCCGAAAUUCCUUCGCGGUUGCAUCAGCAGCAGUAGAAGAUGGAGCGUCUGUCAGUCGCUCUGGUGGUGGCGGGCCCCUGUUGGCCCCGGCCCCUCCUGUCUAUGACGUGAGCGUUCCUAACCAAGCGUCCGGAGGCGGUCCCGCCCCUUUGUUCGCCCCCGGGGAGGCGAGCUCUUCCGCCCUCCCUCUUGACCCUGAUGUUGACUCGUCGACCAACCGGGACGAUGGUUCUCUGCCAUCCAGUCCCGACCUGGGAGGCUUACCAGCUUCCCCGGAGGUCGCAGCUCCGGACCCCGCCUUUCAGGCGUUCAGUCGCUACCUGCGCGCUGUCAAAACGGCCGCCGUUUCGGCGGACCCGGCACUCGCGGGUUUGGCUGGUGCGGGUUUGGAGUUGGGGGAUCUGGCUCUGGCAGAGUACAUCGAGAGUUGGAUCCGGGAACACAUCCCAGCGGGUGGAGGGGGGGGCGCCGGGAAGAAGAAGGAUAAGAAGAAGGGUGGCGGAACAGGGCCCAACUACGGGCGGUCCCGAGGGGGGAGCGGUCCAAGGGCUGAAUCUUUUAAAAAGGCUCAGGACCUGUUCUCCCGGGACCGUAAGAAGCUUAUAGCCUCCAUCUUGGAGGGUAAGAAGGUGGAAGAGAUGGGCCCUGAAGUGACCCCACCUAUUGAGGAGUUCGUAGAGCUUUUCGGGGGCAUCUUUGGGUCGGGCUCACCUCCGGACGACGAGCCGGUGAGUGGCGGGGGGCCUGCGGUGGGGGCCUGCGGUCCUUUCACCCCCGAGGAGAUUGACGCAGCUAAACUUAACUGGCAAGCGUCCUCCCCGGGGCUGGACGGCCUGACGGUCCCUGCGAUAGAAAGCGACACGGUGUUCUCGAGAAAGAGAAUCGCUUCGCAAGAAUGGAAGCACUGGCUGCAAACUUUCGAGAACUUCGCCCUAGUCGCCAGAGUGCAGACGCCGGACGGAAGCAUAGCGCUCGACGAUUCCUCCAGGUUCAAUCUUCUCGUCAACUACGUGUCUCCGGCCGUUUACGACUUGAUAUCCGAAUGUACCACAUACCCCGAGGCCGUGGCUACGCUGAGCGGGAUAUACGUGAAGGAGGUCAACACGGUAUACGCCCGCCAUCUCCUCGCCACCCGGAGGCAACAGAUGGACGAGAACAUCGACCGAGGUAUGCAGGAAAAUCCCCAGUACAGCAACGGCAACAGAAAAAAGUGUAGAGGAGGCCAUUGGUAUAUUUUGAACCAAAGCAACUGA